CAGGAGAACACCUGUUGUCACAAAAGACAAGCAGCAGGACCUCAGCUAGGAGAAUAACCAAGACCCGUAAUAACAUAUUACAAGGUAAGAUCACAGAAUUAUUAACAUAACAAAAUUAGCUUAUUUUUCUUUUCCUUUUUAUGCAGGGAACAGAAAUUGGAUGUAAAUGAUUAAUAACUUGCAGAAUUAGAUGAAGGGUAUAGUAAUAAUUUUGCUCUCUUGCACAAAGUGACAGAAAGUCUCUGGUUAAAAUUUUGGUUAAUGUUAAUUGGUUUAAAUGGCCAGGUUUUGUUUGUGUAAAAACACGUAGCUUUGAUUUUGCUUACGUCUUUUUCGAAGUCCUUGGCAUUCUGGAAAUAAUCAGCUGCUACCCCAACAACAGAGGGUUUAGAAUCAUUUCAUAAGGUAUAAAGUCAUCCACAAAUAGUUUAGCAUACAGCCCUACAAAUUGGAUCUUGAAGUAAUUAACAUAGGAAGGUUUCACCAGCACUACUACACAGAAAUAUAAAUAAAUAAAAAUUGUGCUUAAAUAAUAGUCAAGUUUUUCCACAUCUAUAAUUUUAGUCAAAAUUUGCAAUUCAGUUGAAUAAGACCACAAAAGUUUGAAUGCUAGAGAAAUGUUCAUGCAAUUGUAUUUCAUAUUCUAAGCUAUAGGUGUUACCUUAUCAUUCAUAUAAAGCCAACAUAUUGCAGCUGUUCAUAAAAUGCAUUUUCAAAUGACAAAGAAGAGGACGACGAUGAUAUAAAGUUUUCAUAGAUGGCAAGGUUUUAUUGUGGUUUUAUCUUUUGUUUUGUUUCAUUUUUUAUAUUACCACUUCUGCAAAUUUUGUUUGUCUUCAUAUGAUCUUACUAUGGCUGGGCACUUGAGCGCCAUUCUUGGGCUCCCCAUAUACUGAAAGUGUAUUUCUUUUGUUUUUAAAUUUAAAAAUGGAGUGCCAGUCUGGUAAAUAAAUAUGCCGUGUUCUAACUUGUGGAGUACCCUACUUAUAUCAGUUUGCCUUAAAUCAUACAAGUGGCAUAAUCAUCUUAACCCCUUAAGGACACAUGACGGAAAUAUUCCAUUAUGAUUCCCUUUUAUUUCUGAAGUUGUGUCCUUAAGGGGUUAAAGGACCACUAUAGUGCCAGGAAAACAUUUGUUUUCCUGGCACUAUAGUGCCCUGAGGGUGCCCCCACCCUCAGGGACCCCCUCCCGCCCUGGCUCUGGAAAGGGGAAAAGGGUUAAAACUUACCUUUUUCCAGUGCUGGGCUGGGAGCUCUCCUCCUCCGAUCCGCCCCGUCGGCUGAAUGCGCGCGCGCAGUCGGUCGCAUAGGAAAGCAUUCAUAAUGCUUUCCUAUGGACGCUUGCGUGCUCUCACUGUGAUUUUCACAGUGAGAAGCACACAAGCACCUCUAGCGGCUGUCAAUGAGACAGCCGCUAGAGGCUUCAGAGGAAGGCUUAACCCAUUGAUAAACAUAGCAGUUUCUCUGAAACUGCUAUGUUUAUAAAACAAUGGGUUAACCCUAGAAGGACCUGGCACCCAGGCCACUUCAUUAAGCUGAAGUGGUCUGGGUGCCUAGAGUGGUCCUUUAAAUCAAUAGACUUUAAAGUAUUUUGAUCACUUUGUCAUGAAAUUCCAUUUACUCUGUAGAAUAUUUUUGAUAGGGAUCUACAAUUGUAUACAUGGCCUAUUGGCCUUCACUUAUAUCUUAAUUGGAAUAUUACCUUAAUGAGCCAUUCUUCAGUAGUAAUAUAAUGUGUACUAAAAGAUGUACUGCAAAUAUAUAUAAAACACCUUUAUAAACCUCCAAGUUUUAGAUGAGAAGGCAGUACUAAAGAAAACAAAAAAACAAACAAUAUAUUGCAAGCAUUUGCCUGGGGUCUGCUGAAUAUGAAUGGUUUGUUUCCAUCUUAUCGUGACCCAAUAAAAUGGCACGGGGAUCUAAAUGUGUCCCAUCGAGGGGUUAUAGAAACAUUGCCUUAGAACAAAGAUUGCUAAAUUAUGCAAUGCAGUACGAAUUGUACGAAGUACAACUGCCCCUAGGGCAGUACUAUGGCAAAAAAAAAACACCAAGCAAAUGUCAGACGGGGAGACUGACUCCUGACUGUCUGCGUUCAGAACAAUGUGCCACAUUGAAAAAGGCUGGAAUCUUAUGUGACCAUGAGAUGAAACAAAAUAAACCAAAAUACAAGACUGUCUUUUCCAUUUAGGCGCAUGUAACUAAAAUGAAUUUAAAUGUACAAGUCAGAGGGCUAUUCUAUACGGUGGUUGCAUAGUGCAUACCAAACAUAUGUAUUUGGAGACGGUGACUACCAUUAGCCAAUACUCACAGUGAAAUAGUGUGUUCACGAUGAUACUAGCAAUAAAUGAAUGAGCAAAUUAUAUAAAUUAGCACCAUUCUUUGUCCCCCCCAAAAAAAUAAAAAAAAAAUAAAAAACACCACAAAAAAACGAAACGAAGAAUGUGACCAGGUUUAUAUAUUUUACCCUUCUUUUAUGAAAUUUGUUGGUCUCAGUUUGCCAUUGCCAGAGCUUAGAUUUUGUUUUCGUUUUUUUUUUUUUACUUGGGUUGAUUGAGAUCCCGCAGAAAUGCUCUUACCCAGUAUCUGUGCUCCCAUUCUGCAGUGGCAUGCCACUGUUACUGCUCUAAUUCUGCCCUGUUGUCAGGGGCGUUUUAGCCGCGAGGCAAACAAGGCAUUUGCCUUGGGCGGCAUUUUUCAGGGGGCGGCAAAAAAACACCGCCCUCAAAUGCCCAGGGCAAAUGUCUUGUUAGCCUCGCGGCUAACUGACAUGCCGGCGCUGGGCGGCGCUGGCUGAUGGUCCGGCGGGCUGCUGGCGAGGGAGCUCUUUCCCUGAGCGGUCUGCUCAGCUCCCUCGCGCGCAGCCCGCAGAGUGAGGCAGGGAGCCGGGUUGAUGACGUCAUCUUCCGGCUCCCAGCCUCACUCUGCGGCGCGCGAGGGAGCUGAGCAGUCAGCUCAGAGGAAGUGCUCCCUCGCCAGCUGCCCGCCCAGCCACUGGACCCCCAGCAUUCCCAAAGGUAAGGAGGCUGGGGGGGGAGGAGGGGUUAAAUAAUAAAAUUUUAAAAAGUGUUAAUGUGAGUGUGUGUGUCUGACUGUGUAUGUGUGUGUGUUUGUGUGUCUGACUGUGUGUGUCUGUGUGUGUGUGUGUGUGUGUAUAUUUAGAAGGUGGGCAUGGCGCGGGGGGAUGGGGGCGCCUGAGUUUUGUCCUGCCUAGGGCAGCACAAAACCAGGAUACACCACUGCCUGUUGUGCCACACGUGGUGAUUCUCACAUUCUCUGAUGCCUUAUGGGCUUUUAUCUUGUAUUUCUGUGUCAAUUGUCACACACUUUCUGGCAUCGCUUCUCUGAAUCCAGCCAAGUAUACUCAACUUGCUAUUUGCUUGUUGUCACUUUUUUUUAUGCUGGAUCUUUUACAAAAUUAUAAAAAAAAACAAUAAAAAAAAUACAAUAAUAUUGCACUAAGGCUUACAAGUCUGCAAGCUUUUCUUCAGUCUUUGUGUGAGUUCCUGAUCAUAUCAUUCAAGAAGUUAGUGACAUUACUUAGACAUUGCUGUCCUCUGCUAUCCCUGUCCUCUGUUUGUUUACUUGUUAGGUUGACCUUCUGUGCUCCCUUCAAACAGGACUGUCCCUAUUUACUUUCUGUCUGUUUACAGCCUGCUUGGCCUUCCUUGGCAUUCUAAGAUUGAAUACAACUUACCUGCCUUUCCUCUAGACUGGGAGAUCUUACCCAAGUUCUGCAUGUUUAAAAAAAAAAAAAAAAAAAAAAAAGGUGUAGACUUCACCUAGAGAACAAAUUAUAAAAUGAUUUGUGGGAUGCAGCAAGAUGCAAUUUAAAACAAAUAAAAAACUAUAACUACUGAUUUCAUAUAGAGAUCAGUUAAUGAAAGCUAGUGAUAAAAAAACCCCAGCAGUUUAUAAAAUACUGGUAAUCUGUGAAUUUAAUGUACACACGCACAUAAUUUGCAUAGUUCUUCCAAAAUGUAUUACACCAAAAUCUGCAAAAUGUGCUAUUGAACUGGUAUUUUAAACAAUUCACAUGACUGAAAUAAUUCUGUAGGUGGAACGACAUUCAGUACUAUUAUUUUUGGAAAGAGAUAAAAACCUAAAUCCUAUUUUAUUUAAGUAUAUUUUUUCCUGAUUUCUCCAGGGAAAAAAGGAAAAGACACCCCCCUCCCCCCUCCAAAAAAAUGAAUAGGGAAGAACUGGCAAAUGUAAUCAAGACAGGUAAAUGGGCAAAGAGCCACAUCACUAUAGUGAUGGAAACCACUUCUUCAAUGCAGUGCAGUGGUUCUGUCAUUUUAACCCUGCAAUGUAAAAUAUUGCAAUUUUUUUUUUUUUUUAAAGGUAAUGUUUAGAAUGCAGGGUUGAAUUAAGCUUUAGUGGCUUUCAAAUCAAAUGCUGAUGAUAGCAGCACUUGAUUGGAAGAGCACAGCAUUUUGACGUGCAUGCGCUCUCCAAUCCCAUGCUCGUCUCAGAAAGGCAUUGGUUUGGGCGAGAUCGUGGGUGACGUCAGCAUGCUUGUUUACAUCACUGGAGGCUGCAACACAGUAGUCCUGGCGCUGAAAAUUACAGUAGGUAAGUAAUCUUGAUUUUAAUUUUCACAGGGCAAAGGAGGUGGACAGAAGGGAAUAGUGUUUGAUAUUUUCAGAAGUAUAGGUUCCCUUUAAGAUUAAAUGAUUUCUGUGCUUACGGUGUCCCUUUAACCCCUUAAGGACACAUGACAUGUGUGACAUGUCAUGAUUCCCUUUUAUUCCAGAAGUUUGGUCCUUAAGGGGUUAAAGGAAUACUCCAAGCUCCAAAACCUCUACCGCAGGGGUAGCCAAAAAGUAGAUCUCCAGAUGUUUUAAAAACUACAGCUUCCAUGACACCUUGUCAUUCUAAAAGGCAUGCAAAGCAUCAUGUGAGUUAUAGUUCUGGAAAACCUCGGAACCCACCUUUUGGGCACCCCUGCGCUAUAGUAGUGUCCUGAUGCUCACCACCAAUGCAAGUUGUCAAGACAAGGGUUUGACGCUGUGACAAAGUGCCCUUCGCCACUUGGUCCUGGAGAGGCCUGCUUGCCAGCUUUCUGCCCUGCGACUAUGGCCCGGGGGUGUGUGACCCUUUAAGAACAUUAUGGGGGCUUAUGAACUUUCACUGGACUGGUGCUCGACCUUUAAGCACAUUUUUGUGACAUGGGGAAAAUUGGGACAAUGCCCCUUUAAGACUGUGUCCCCAGACUUGGUUAAAGUACUUUAUUCAUGGCUUCUUUACACUUGGUUCAGUAAAUGGGGUACCAUACAGGCGGACCACCCAGUAGUGGAAGUGUGCAGGCAAUUUACCUCCCAGGCUGGGAGCCUGCUGUAGUUAAAUUGCCGACCGCUGGGUGGCCUCAGUUCGUGCAAACGAACACGUGGCGGCGGCCAUCUUUGUUCAUUCAAACAAGGUCAGCGGUAUGUGUAGCCAAAUCCAUGAAACUGAAAUUGGCUACACAUUUCAACGAACUCCGCUGACACCUACCUUCUCUUGCACUUCGACACUGCGGCUGGAGACCAAGUCCCGUUUGAAGAUUCGAAUGCUCGUUCAAAUGGGCCUUAGUCAUUUUUUCAGUGUAAAAUAGACCGACCGCACAGGCCAAAUCCAUAAAACUGUUUUGGGCAUGAAAAUGUGCUUGCGAUCGGUCACAAUAGACUUCCGUCUAACUUUCUAUCUACUGGACGGAUUUUUAUGAUUUUUGAGUAUGUUUAUAUUUAAAAGGAUGCUGAUUAAUAAUAUUAAGAUUGGCUGUUAGGGUUUUAAAGUUACAGUGUAUGUGUAAAAACUGUAUAUUUUCUGCCUGUGAUAAUUAAGUUAGUCUAUUGUGUUGAGAUAAUUGUAUCACAGGCAGAGGGGAGGAUUUCUGCUGGGAUGAAUGGGGUGGUUUACUUUAUUGUAUGUGUUGUAAUGUUUUUAUUGGUUGUUCUGAAAAACCCUGUGGGUGGUCCUAUGUAGGGAAAACCUGCAUAAAAGAAAGCCCUUUGAUGCCAAUUAAAACAGUUCUUCUUCACCCUCAACACGUAGCCUUGUCUCGUGAUUGGAGGGGACAGCUAUACUCACACUGGGGAUUGCUAUGCUCUGCAUACUUCAUUGAGCUUUAAUCACUUAGCUCUUUUAAGAGCUGUUCCUGGUACGCUCUCCUCUCGUCUUCCCCACACGGUCCUGGAUGUCGGAGGUUCAUACAGGGUGGAAGGAAGAGGUCAUUCCCACACGGUCCUGGAGGACAGAGGCUGAUCCAGGGUGGAAGGAAGACGGCGAGACUCCAGUUAAGCUACGGCGGUUGUGGAGUCUGCGGUGGUUGUGGUGUCCGGUGUGGUGCUUGUGGUCCUCGGCGCAAGCUAGAAAGCGUCCAUCAACGGAAGGUACUCGGUCAGAGUACGGGGAGUUCCGUUACAGACGCCUUACCAUGGGAUGCCAUUGUGCACCUCUUCCUGUCUUUUCACUUUUGGUCUAAGAGCUGAAAGCUCCUGCUUGAAUCUUAUGUUAGCUCUACUGAGACAAGUCCUACAGUGCAGGGCCAGCUUAAUGAUUGAGUAUCAGUUCUCAGCCAAUGAGCUAAAUCCUGCACUGCUGGGCUUAGCUCACGUAGAAAGCAGCGCACAGCGGGCCCAGAGCAAGAAGUUAAACCAUUAGAAAACAGUUCGACUACUUACACAGACGGUGCCAGGGCACCCGAGGCACCAUAACUACUACAGAGUGUUCCUUCAAAAGAGGAGGUUUAAUAGAUUUGAAAUGUAACACUUAUUUUACAAUUAUUUCUGAAUUCUAAGGAAUAAUAUCGGAAUCCUAACCAGGAUAAACGGGUACACCUACAUCACAUGUAAAAAUCCAUGUAUGAUGUUACUGUAAUAGAUAAUGCAUAGAAUGGCCAAAUAAUCCUAUAUAACAUUCUCUCUCAGUCAUUAUUAGAAAUACAUUUCCUAGAAAUUAUAUAUCACAUGAUUAUUCAUAAACAAAAGAAUUGUACAUAGUUGCCAUAUAACAGCCCUAUAAAUAGCCAGAAAUCAGAAUGAUGGAACAAUGACCCCAUUGUUCAUCUCUAGCCAGUCAAUUUAUUAAAUCCAUUGGGGGAAAAACAGUAAAAUUAUAUAUAUAUAUAUAUAUAUAUAUACACACACACACACACUAUAUAUACAUAAAUAUACUCAGUAUAAUAAAUCUCUGCCCAGAACUCCCAUUAGAAUGCUGAUGAUCAAUGUGGAAUGUUACAGUUCUCAUAUCAUGCUAAUCACAGCUCCAGCUCAAUGUAUGACAUUAUAAGGACAAAGCCCUGUAUCACCUGCCAGCAGGUCCUAUAGGAAGCUCCCAAUAUAACAGCUCUACUCACUUACUUGAUCCAGUUACACCUUAUCCAUAGGGCUCUGCUGUUGGCCUCAGGCAGCAGCUUCUUCCUAUUCACUGAACAGAAGCCAGCAGUCCAGAAUAACACUGACCAAUAGGAGCGGAGGUUGGCAAAAAUGCCCUUAAACCAUUGGUGAGCAGCGCUGUCACUCCAAUGGCAUGCAGCCAAUAGGAAAUAUCUUUUUAAAAGCACCAUUCCUCUGGAUCAUGUUUACCGACUAAACGAGAUCAUUGGGUGUUUUACCUGUCAAUCACUGUAUAUUAGCCAAUCCAGAUCUCCGUACAUUGUAGUAGCUGAUGAGGCACGCCUCUUCAAGGCACUCUGCGUGGAUAGCCUUUCUAAGGGCGGUUGUGAUUGGCUGUUUCCGGGGACAGGACUCAGUAUUAAACCAGAGUGCACACGGAGUGAUCAGUAAGUACCAGCAUGGUGGGUGGGUGUACGUACAGUGCUGUGUAUCAGGCAGUAUGCUGAGUACUGGUUAAGGAGUGCACUGCCCCCCAGGACAGAGAGCUUCCAGUUAGAGCAGUAUGUGCAGUAGGUUUUACAUGGCUCUACCUGUGUUCCCAUAAUGCUGGCAGGUCCUCCAUGUCCUCUAGAUCAGUGCUUCUCAAACCAGUCCUCAUGGCCCACCAACAGUCCAGGGUUUAUGUAUUUCCCUGUUUUAUUCCAAUAGAGAUACUAACAAAACCUGGACUGUUGGUGGGUCUUCAGGACUGGUUUGGGAAACGCUGCUCUAGAUUGUAAGCUCAUUGGAACAGGGUCCCCAUCUACCUAUUGUUCCUGCGACAUUUUGUAAUUUUCUCAUUUAUUGUCAAAUUUCCCCCUUUCGCAAUAUUGUAAAGCGCUGCGGAAUAUGUUGGCGCUAUAUAAAUAUCAAUAAUAAUAACGUGCUAAUCGGCACCUUCCUGACACUGUCCAGGACGUAGCAAAAUGCUGCCCUGACAUCUGUUCCAGUGCACGCAGCAAUACGUCAGCACAAGUCAGUGCAAGAACAGUGCUACGUGGCCAUUCAUUCCUGGUCACAGAGUGAUACAAUGUUUAUGUUAUUGACCUGUAUAUCAUUAGUAGACGUGUGUAAAUAAAGCACAGGGGGGGGGGAGGAGGAGGGGCACUCAAAAAAACUAAAAUACUUGGAAUCAGUUUGACACAGAACCAGAACGGCACCAUAACGACAGCUUUGGGCUUAAAGGAACACUCCGGCAUUGUAAACAAGUACCUUUAUUUAUAAUGUGGAGAUUUUUUAAACACUAUUUAGAUGUAAGCUUGUUCUCCCCCCAAAAAAGAGGUUACAUCUAAUCCAAAUAACUCCACCUCUGGGAGAUCAUCGCUAGAUUCUAGAGAAGCAGGGUGCGUGUGCAGCAAUUUCUGCAGUGUGCUGGCGGUGAGGAAGCAUAACAUCUGCUUAAUAUGAAAACUCUAGUUGAGUGAGGAAGAGCACCCACCAGGCUGUCAACCCUGAAGCUUUAGAACAGUAUCAGUGUCUUGAAAUUGGCCCGUUAUAAAGUAAAAAGAGGGAGUAAAAGAGAAGACAUGCUUCUAACCCCUGAUGUCCUUUAGAGGUUUGCCAUGUUCGUUCAGCUUUUUGUAGCAGUAUUGAUCAUGUUCUAUAAAUCUCUGGACAGCAGUCGUUUCUGGGAGUUGAAAACUCAGUCAUCAGUUUUUUUUUAUGCAGAAAUGUCGGAAUCUUAAAGGACCACUCUAGGCACCCAGACCACUUCAGCUUAAUGAAGUGGUCUGGGUGCCAGGUCCUGCUAGGGUUAACCCAUUUUUUUAUAAACAUAGCAGUUUCAGAGAAACUGCUAUAUUUAUAAAUGGGUUAAUCCAGCCCUCAAAUCCUCUAGUGGCUGUCUCAUUGACAGCCGCUAGAGGUGCUUGCGUGAUUCUCACUGUGAAAAUCACAGUGAGAACACGCAAGCGUCCAUAGGAAAGCAUUGUAAAUUCUUUCCUAUGAGACCGGCUGAAUGCGCGCGCAGCUCUUGCCGCGCGUGCGCAUUCAGCCGAAAGGGAGGAGAGGAGGAGGAGAGCUCCACGCCCGGCGCUGGAUAAAGGUACGUUUUUAACCCCUUUCCUAGUGCCAGGAAAAUGAGUAUGUUUUAAUGGCACUAUAGUGGUCCUUUAAUUUCUUUUUCUGCUGCUAUUGUUCAAGGCAGGUGGGUGCUCAGGCUUCCAGGAUAUUUAUUUGUUUAAUUAUUUUUAAAGCCGCAAAGUUGGCAGUCUUAACUUAAUUUUGUCUGAAAUUUAUAAUAAAGAUUGACAGAGAAUCAAGACGGAGCUGCAAAAAAAAUCAAGAAUCGAUACAUGGAUCUCUACAUUUAAUUUUAUUUUUAACCCCUUAAGGACACAUGACAUGUGUGACAUGUCAUGAUUCCCUUUUAUUCCAGAAGUUUGGUCCUUAAGGGGUUAAUACCUCAUGAAUACAUAUUUGUUAAAUAUAGGGAAUAAGUAAACAUAAUAUAAUAAAUUCUGGCAAGGGAAUUACCCUUAAUUAUUUUUUUUUAAGCUAGGACCCCUAAAGUCAACUAAAAAAACAAAAAACCUAUGAUUGUAUAUACUUUUUUCACAUAAACUAUUUCUAUAUGUUUGUUUUUUUUUUAUGAUGGAUUAAGAAAUGAGUAAUCACAAGCUUCUGAUUAUUUGCCUUCUUGCGCCUAUAAUGAAAAAAUAAACUUUAACAACUCUGAAGAUUUCUGCUUGGAUAAGUAGGAUCAUGUUGUGUACUUUAAGAUAAGCUCAUGUAGUGAGUCUUCGUAUUAUACCCUUGUUGUCAUGCGUUUUCUUUGACGUGUAAUCAGGAAGUAGAUCUUAGCUGAACAAUCUAUAUAAAGCAGGAAUCUGUCCUGCUCACCUCUCAAUGUCACCUUGCACCUAACAAAUGCAAAGACAGAGCUCUACUUUUCUCAAAUCAAAGCAGCUGUCACAAAUGACGGCUGUGGGAUUCAGGCAUUUUUUGGAGCAUCUUGUUUGAUCCUCCAUAGACCAUAGACCAUAGACUGUUUUACUGUUGCCAAUGCAUGUAUGUAAAAUUCUCUUGCCCUGUAAUCUGCAGCCACCCGACUCACUUUGCAAAGUGACAGACCCGCUUUAAUGCCGUGCCAAGAAUAGCAUAGCAGCCAUUAACCAUGCAGAAAGUAAAAACAGAAAGACCAGUUUGAAAGGAGCACAGAAGGGCAACAUAUCAAGGGCAGGGGUAACAUAGAACGACAUUGCCUAAGCAUCACCACUAGCCUCAUGCAGGAUCCUGUGUGAUCAAAGUUCAUUUAAAAGAGAAGGCGAUAAUAACUUUUAAAAUAAACACACUGUGCUGUAAAAUCCAAUUCAAAAUAUGUUUUAUAUGUGAGUCAAGGUCCAGGGAGGUGUGGCUAGGGCUAUAUAUAUAUAGAAACUCCUAAAUGAGAUUUGAGUAGUGUAACUGCAGGGGCAUGACCUAUACACAAAACCUACUUAUUUAAACUUAAGAUGUAUUGGUGCUUAGCGUAUCACUUUAACGGAAAACUUCGUUAAACACAAUGAUAUCCUAACAUAAAACAUAUGGCUAGAUUUACAUACACUAGAGAUGUAAUUUUUUUUAUUUUUUUUUUGAGGGGAACAGUUCUGCUUGGUCUAAUCACCGCUUUAUUUAAAUUUAAAGGUUAUUUUUAUUGGCUGCUUUUCCACUUGGCUGUACGUCUGCAUUUAGAUUUGCCUUGUAAUAGCUAUGCAAUUCAGUAGAUACACCAUCCAUCCUCACUGUUUUCGUGCAAGGAUCGGCCACCUUCAGCCACUGUGGGCUCAUGAAGCCUUGACAGGUAAAGAUGGCCUAUCACUGCUGUAAUGUCUCUUCUGUAGACCUUCUAACACUGUGCCUAUUGUCAACCCACUCUGCAGGCAUGCUAUUUGCUUUCCGUGGUGCCGGCUGCCUUGGGAAUCGUUUGCAACUGCUGAAGGCUGUUAAUUCUUCUCAGUGCACCAUGGUGUUUACUUCUCGAGUAUGUAUUACAUUAGGAAUGUUACAUAGUUGACAUUGGCACAAAGGGUAUUUUCAUAUCAAAUUGUGAAGUUUAUUUUUGCAAUCACAGAUCUGUCCACAAUGAAACCACUAAUUGCGUUUGUUUUUUUUUGCUUUGCUUUUGUCUACCAAAUACUUACAUUUCCUUAAAUGUAUUUUUACUGUUAAUUAUCUUUUGCACCAUGACCCAAAUUAUUUGCUUUUUCUGCUUUCCCUUUGUCUGCCAAAUAUUUUCUAUGCCGAAUAUGUAUUAUUGCCAAAUAUUACACUAUUUGUUUUGUUGACUUUGUUCUUUUUUUUUUUCACUGUAUUUUUUAUUUUGAUAUUCUGCUCCAUGACCCAUAUUUUACCCAUCUGAUGGAAUUUUUGAGCUUCAAACCAUGCAAUUUAAAAACUGUUUUCUGUGACAGUUUUUUUUCCAGCGGAAAGAAUGUUUGUUUUUCUUAGUUUUGUAUUGUGAUUACACAAAAUAUUUAAUAUUCAUAGGAUCUUGAGAUAAGCCAAACAUAUUCUAUUUUAGGUAUAAUACUGAGCCAAUAAUUUAUUUAAAAUAAAAAAAACACCAAUCAAAAAAGCAAUUUAAAGAAGGCCAACUAUGCAAAAACAAUUGAGAUGAAUCUAACCAGCAUUUUUACAUGUUUAAAUAUAUACUGUACACUUAAUUUUUAAUUACAAUUUUAAGAACUUAAAGCAGUGGUCAGCAAUUUUUGCCUGCGUGAGAGUCACAUGUCAUGUCUGUGUAUGGAUGGAGGGCUUUAUUCAUCAACAUAGCUAAAAUGUAACAAAGUAAUGAUAAUAAAAAUAGUAAUAACAAUAAACAGAGUUUAGUGGAUUCCCCCUUAAUUUGCUUUCCUUAUGUGGGAUUGCCAUAUAAACAUACCAAAUUAGGUAUCUAUCUAGUAAACGAUCAAAAUUAAGAAAAGCUAUUUUCUUCUCCUCAUCCCUGUUCCUCUUAUUAUCCAUGUCACCUUUUCCGAUGUCCCUUUCUUUUCUUAUGCAUAUCAAUCUCUCCAUGUGCCCUUCUCUCACUAUCAGACUCUACCGCAGGACUCGACAAAAUCCCAGGUUGCCAUAACUAACAAUUUUAUCCUGGCUCCUGGGAUUGGUCAGCCUGUUCAUUCCCUUCUCUUACUGUCUCAAUCCCUGUGCAGUCGGUGUACCGGGAGGAAGUGAAGGGAACUAAUUACUUCCGGCGCCGAGGCUGCACAGGGGAAUUACAAGUGGGCAGUGCACCAGGUAAAGACGGCUCUGCUCGCAUCCCACCCCCAUUCUGUAGAACCUCUUGCCCCCAUUCCAUAGAGCCAACCACCUGCCCAUUCCCCUAUGCUGCCUCAGCGGCAGGAGGAAGUAAUUACAGUUCACUUCCGGCACACAGAGAGAGCUGCACAGGGAUAGAGAGAAAGAAGUAGGGGGAGUCUGGAACAGCGGCAACCUACUCCCAUUAGCUGCCGCCAGUCCUACUAACCUCAUGUCACCUGCUGCUGCCCAGUCCCACUAGACCCCAGGGGAGCCACUCUCCUGAGCCCAAAAGGUAAAAAACAGAAGGGUGGCUAAAAAUAUGUAUUUUUUAAUUUAAUUUUUUUUAUUUCAUUGUUUGCGUGUAUCUGUCAUGUCUGUAUGUCUAUUGUGUGUCUCCCCUCACGUUGUGUGCAUGCGUGAGAUUAAGCUCCACCACAGAAGGUGUGAUGUUAUGUCUAACCCACACCGUUGAUGUGGAAACCUACAAACAAACAAUCGAACUGGUGCAUACACAAGGUGCCCACGUGUAUAACUCCAUGCGCAAUCAGGUGUAUAAACUCCGCACCUUACUAAAACAUCAACAUUUGUCUGACAACAUUCGUUCCCAUACAGACGCAUACACCAACUCCCAGUAACGUCUGUUUACAAGCUGCUGUUAAAAACAUGGCUAAGUGCUCAGUGAACUAAUGAUACUGGAGGGUUAUUUAUUAACUGCAUAAAGUGUUUACAUAGCAUAAAAAAGUGUUUAUGGUAAAGUUCUUGCAUUAUAUAAGACUAAUGCUAAAGUGCCUUCGGUUCACACUACACAUGUAUGUUAAAGUGCCUGUGUACAUUUAUAUAAAAAAUAUAUACAAAGAAAUUGGAAUAUCCUGACUCACAACCCUAUGUUACCAAAAAUGUUUCACCAAAGACCUAUACCUCGAAACCUUCUUCUCUGUACAGAUCCAGUCCAAAGUUACACGCCGGAUAAAAAUAAACAAAAUUUUGACUGGGUAAGGUGCCUGGUCACAUUAUUCCUACCAAAUGUUGUAAUCAAACACACAGGGAAGAAGUAUGUGAUUAAACAUGGGAUCAGUUGUAAAACUGACCAUGUCAUUUAUAAAUGAUCAAGUCCCUUAAUGUGGACUAAACUAAGUUGACAAAACAGAGACAGCUCUCUGUGAAUCAGAGGCAUACGCACAGCAUACAGAGAUGGAUAAUUAGAUAAGCCAUUGGCACGCCAUUACUUGGAACAUCAGCACCCAUUGACGUCUCUACCAUGCACAGAGAUUUACCAUGUACCCAUGCCAAAGGGGGUGGGGGUCACUACUCUUAUUGUACACAGAGACUUAUUGGAUUUAGAAACUGAAUACUUUAUCCCCACUAAGUGUAACACAUGUUUUAAUAUAAAUGUACACAGGCACUUUAACACACAUAUGUAGGGUAAACCAAAGGCACAUUAGCACAAGCACUUGUUUUAUAUCAUUCAAGCAUUUUAGCCUAAGCACUUUUUUAUACUAUGUAAGCACUUUAUGCGCUGUUAUGUCAUAACUCUCCGGUAUCAUUAGUUCACUGAGCACUGAGUAGAUUUUAUACUUCUCUAAAUAGCCUGCUAUGUCCUUUGUUAUGUUUUAUGUCCUAAUCAAAGUUCACAUGUUGAACUGAAACGUUGACAUUAUUUGGCAUAGCAAAGCAAUAAAGGAAUUUUUGCAGGAAAGAUCCAGAGUGCUGGUAUAAAAUAUUGCAGAGUUAAGUCCACCUGUAGUGGCUGUCAGUAUGACAGAGUAAAACUUGGUCACAUGACGCCGUAGCCCCAAAGGAAAGCAUUGAUUCAAUGUGCACUCAAUGCUCCCUCUAUGAGUAGCAUUGGAUUGGACCAUCGCGGAGGAGGCCCUACAUCCUGUCGCUGGGGGAGGAGUGCUAACCAUCACCUCCCCCGGCGACCCUAACCCUAGUUUUUAAGCAUACAGCAUCUCUCUUUCUGUCUCUUCCUUUUCUUUUUUCAUACACUGAGAUUUAAAGUGUCCAGAUAUAGCUAGAUUUUUAUAUAUAUAUAUAUAUAUAUAUAUAUAUAUAUAUAUAUAUAUAUUUCAGAACCCAGGAAAAAAAUAAAUAAAUAAAUAAAUAUAUAUAUAUAUAUAUAUAUAUAUAUUUAUUUAUUUUUUUAUUAUUAUUUUUUUUCGUUGUUCUGAAUUAAAAAAAUAUUGCCAAAAAUUCAAUUAAAAAUAAAGGUGCACUGCUUAGCGGGUCUUUCUGCACCUAUAGGCAGACUUUUUACAUGCCAGGAUAGAAUGCCAAAAUCUAAAAUUUCUCAUUCUAGUCUAUGGGGACUGAUCCUGAAAUCGUUUACAUAGCAGGAGAUUAUGGGCUAAGGCAGUUUGAUGAUUAGAAUUUUUCAGUAAACUGAUAGCAGCCAUACCACAGCUGCUAUGAGUUUGCACACGGUCAGUUCAUUGUUUAAUGAACCCGGCUGAGUUUUACUAUCAGGAAAGCUCAGUUCUGUCUGGAGUGAAAAAAAUCCUCUCUAUAGUGCAAGUGGCACAUGGCGCAAGCACAGUAGAGAUAGACUAACACUAACAGCCCUAGACAAAGUGCUCCAACUUGCCUGAUUGACAAUUCUGGUGGGCUGUCUUAAAGUGACAGUGAUUUUUUUUAUUAUUGCAUCAUAUUAAUAACUCUCUGCACUGAGAGUGUGCUCUUAGUCACCAUACAGUUUGCAAGAAUUCAAAGUGCUUGGGGUGCUUUGAGCACAACUGUUAUGUAAAUGUAACCAUGUGGUGGAAUUAGUGACCUCCGUUUCUUAACCCGCGAGAGUGUAAUUAUUUCAUACAGUGUGAUGCACACAAAUGAUGGUCAUGUUUGAUUAUUUCAUUUUUACUGUUUGUGCUAUACAUAAACACUCUUUAAAUUAAAAGGAUGUAAUAAAUAAUAAAAUACAUUGUGUCACCUGCAGGCAAUGUCUUCAAGACACAAGAAUGCAAAUCGAAUCCAGGGGAUUGAUGGCAAUGUGUGGUAAGCGAUGUCUAUGAAAUGUACUUUCAGGAUUUGGAACAUUUGCUUAGCUUUAUCAUAACAGAAAUAUGUCAGGAACAUUGCACAUUUCCUGUAUUAUUAUUAUUAUUAUUAUUAUUAUUGUUAUCAGCAUUUACGUAGAAAGGGCAAAUGAUAAAUGAAACCGGUUUUAAAUCUAUGAGGAUUUGAGGUAGACGGAUAUAUAUUGUUGGUGUCUUGCCCAAGGGCGCUUACUGGUGAAGUGGUUUAAAUGGGAUUUAAACUCAAGUUUCCCAAUUCUAAGGCAGUAACUUUACCACUGCUGUAAGCAGACACUUAUAGAGCACUUGGUUGCACUGAUCCUUAAAGGGAUUAUAUAGUGUUAGGAAUACAAAUCUGUAUUCCCAAAACUAUAGAGCCCUUGCACCUCUACCAUCAUCGGCUAAAGGGUCAAACAAAACCCUUUAUUCACUUACCUGAUUCCAGCGCCGAUGUCCCUCGGCGGUGGGUCGGCGUUCUGCCUUCUCCAAUGUCAUCCAAUGGGGGAGAGCUAACGUGCAGGCGUGGCGAGUGCAUUAGGCCCUCCACAUCGGAAAGUAUUGCUAUAAUGCUUUCCUAUGGGGAUUUUACUAACUCUGGAUGUUCUCAUGCAGAUGUCCAGUGCCAUCUAGGCAACCAAAAGACUGUUAGCCACCAGGAAGUGCAUCUAGUGGCUGUCUAACACCAGAGGCUGUCUUAGUAUUGCGAUGUAGUUAUUGCAGUUUCUCAAAACCACAUCCUAUAAGAAGCCUGAAAGCAACAUGUCUGCUUCAAUUGGACUCAUUCUGGCAUAUUUCCCUUGUUUAAUGUGCCUACAUACACUAAACAAGACAAGGCAAUGGCAAACCACACCGGGGUUAUUCACUAAUGUGGAAUUGCAGAGAACUACAAACUUUAGCUGCUGAGUUGGAACACUUUUUCCAAUUUAGCCAUUUUGAUAUUGCAAUCCCCUAGUCAAUUCUGCACAAUUUUACUGUCAAUGCUGCACGUUCCUCGGUGUCUAACCCAAUAUUUCUUUUAAAGGCAAUGAAAGCUCCCCUUAAAGGAACACUAUAGUGCAGGGGUAGGCAACCUACGGCACUAGUGCCAUGCACGGCACUCGAGGUGACUUUGCACGGCACUCAAGGCUGCUAGAGCCAAACAGGCUCUGUCCUAUCAGGAGUCCCAGUGAAACUUCAGAUAUCUGCUAAUACAAAGAGGUGGUGAAGGACAACCCUCAAUUUAUGCAUUGCAGCAUAUAGAGGAAGUGAUCUCAGAUCACUUCCUCCAAGCACUUGUGAAUGGGAAUCCACACUGUAGUAGAGCAGCCCGCAGCUGCUGUUGCAGCUCCUGUCCUUGACCUGUACCACUGGAACCCAGGGAAGUCACCCACACUGCUAGAUAUACACAGAAAUAACCCUCCCCUCAUACAAAUAAUACGAACAGCCCAUACACAUACACACAAUCCCCACUAACGCAACACCACUAACUAUCCACAUACAUGCACACAACCCCACAUGCAGCAUCUCACAUGCAAUACCCCAAACAGCCCCCACACACUACCAAACACAAUGUGACAUAUCCAUCCACACAAUUCCACAAGCAGCCCUCAUACACAGCCCACAUUCAUAUGUAUCAUACACGAUACCAUAAAGUACUAAUGAACAUAUACAAUAUAAUAACUCCUAUACGUACAAAUACAAAGAUACAAAGCAAUUACAGUAAAAAUAACACAAGCAGAAUAUGGCAGCAUACAAACCUCAAGUUAAAAAAAUAGGAUUGGCACGCUAAGGGACAUCGCAAUCCUAUAUCGGCACAGUGCUGCUAAAAGGUUGCCUACCCCUGCUAUAGUGUCAGGAACACAAACAUGUAUUCCUGACACUUUAGUUGGGAAAACACUAUUUAAAUCCCGAGCCCCCUAACCCCAAAGAAAAAGUUAUUUUACUCCCUUUUUUUCAGUGCCACGUGGGUCUCCUUUCGGCAGGUCCUGCCCACGCUCCGCCUCCUUGGCUGAGCUCGUCAGUUUUGAUGAUCUCAGCCAAUACAAUGUUUUUCACAGGAAAGCAUUGGUAAGUUAAUGGCACGCGCAGCAAAAUGCCACACUGUGUCAAUCAGCAUCUCCUAUUAGAGACUGAAGCAAUGAAUUUCUGUGAGGAACACUCAGCACCUCCAUGCAGAGAGUGCAGAUGCUGAACGUCAGUGCUGCAAAUUGUGCAGCUCUAACCCAGGCAGCACCUCUAGUUCUGGUGUAACUAGGCAGCAAUGUAAACACUGCCUUUUCUCUGAAAAGACACUGUUUACAUUAAAAUGCCUGCAGGAACUGACUAUACACACCAAAACAACAACAUUAAGCUGUAGUUGUUCUGGUGACUCUCGUGUCCCUUUAAAUAAGAUUUAAUUUAUUAAUAUGUUUCUGUAAAACAAAAAAAAUGUUUCCUGUAAAUAGCAUGUAAACCAUUCAAACAAAAGAAAAAUUAAGAAAUAAUGGGCUAUGGGUUUUUCUUAAUGGACAAAGGCUGUAAUUUUGGUAAUUUGAUUAAAACCGUUAGAACCAAAGCUGCCAAGUGAUCGUAAUUUAGUAAAUAUACUUAUAAUUCUUCUCAAACUACAGCUAUCAGUUGGCAAAAUUAGUGACAGUUGCCAGCUUGGGUUCUCUAUUAUCACAAACAUAUCACAGGGUACAUUGAGUGUACAAGUUUGUACCACAGUCCAUGAAUAUAAAUCGGUAUCAUGUGUCUCCUCCAGGGUUGAAUUCACGGCACUUGCUGCGGAUCCUACUGUUGUGAACCUCGGCCAGGGCUUUCCAGAUAUACCUCCUCCUUCCUAUGUGAAAGAAGCCCUUGCUCAAGCCUCAACUGUCGAUAGACUAAACCAAUACACCCGUGGCUUUGUAAGUAAUUUUCAAUUUUUUACUAUGGUGGGGUGGGUGGACUGAACUUUCCAAAAUGUAUACCUACAUAUGGAGAGACUCUUCCUGCGUAAUUAUCCUUUGACAUGUCAGUUAAUUAUGCAUGGUGAUACUUUACAACUCUUUAAAGUGUGUAAGGACAGCGCACUCAAACAUGUUUGAGAAAAUAGAUGAUUUGCUAUGAGAUUUAUCACUUGAAAGCAAAAUUCAAAUCGUAAACAUAUGUAAUUAAGAAUUGUUAAUAAGGGUUAAAGGAUCACUAUAGGUUCAGAAAUACAAACAUGUAUUCCUCUCCCUAUAGUGUUAACACCACCAUCUAGCCCCCGUGGGCCCCUCAUGUCUCCAUAAAUAUAGCAGAAUCUUACUGUAUCCAAGCCUGAAGCUGUAACUCUGCAUGCUGUUAGACUCAUAAAAACAAGCAGUCUGCUGACAUCAUUAGAAGUGGUGGCCUGAUCCAAUCACAGUGCUUCCCCAUAGGAUUGGCUGAGACUGACAAAGAGGCAGAUCAGGGGCAGAGCCAGCAUGAUUCAAACACAUCCCUGACCAAUCAGCAUCUCCUCAUAGAGAUCAAUUGAAUCUCUAUCAGGGAAAGUUCAGUGUCUGCAUGCAGAGAGAGGAGACACUGAAAGUUUGAAUGCAUUUUAGACAGCCAUGACCCAGGAAGGAUAUCUAACAGCCAUCUAAGGAGAAGCCAGUGAAGUUAUCACUAGGCUGUAAUGUAAACACUGCAUUUUCUCUGAAAAGACAGUGCUUACAGCAAAAAGCCUGAAGGUAAUGAUUCUACUCACCAGAACAAAUUCAAUAAGCUGUAGUUGUUCUGUUGACUAUAGUGUCCCUUUAAGAAUCCCCCCAACCUCCAUUAAUUAUCACCAUCAAAGAGAAAACGUGUAUUUUUGAGAGGUGAAAAAUACAACUGAAUAUAGAAAUCCAAACCUCUUUAUUUUGCAGCUGUAAUUUGCUAAAUCGUUAAUAUAAAUUUAAAAUAAAGCUGGGCAUUGCAUAAAAAAGGUAAACAGUUAUAAAGGUUUUUGAAGUUUUAUUGAAUGUUUUUAAAUUUCAGAGAAAUGUCAGUUUCCCAUUUUCCCAAUAAAACAUAUAUAAUUUAAAAUAUAUUUAAAUUCUGAAACAAAGGAGGUGAACGUCUGAUAGAACUUGCAGUCUAGAGUAAAGAUAGAUAAUCUAUAAACAAGGUUUCAAAUAAAUCUCUGUAAAUAAUGUCUUUCUUCAGGGCCACCCACCGCUGGUAGAUGCUCUCUCCCAGGUCUACGGCAGAGUGAUGGGAAGAAAAAUUGAUCCAAACAAAGAAAUACUUGUUACGUUAGGGGCUUAUGGGUCUCUCUUCAAUGCAAUUCAGGGACUUAUUGAAGUAGGAGAUGAAGUAAGUGUCUGCUUUUACUUUUUUUUUUAAUUUUUUUUAUUUGUUUGCAUAGUGACUGUAUAUGCUGCAUGCACUGAUUUGCAACUGCAUGCUGUCUGCAGCCUUUUCAAGCCCUGCCCUCCUUACCUGGCAAAGACUUUUAGUCUGUGCCGGGGAAUACACCAAUCAGAAGCCUCUGUGCUGAAACUUCACAUGCUGGCUGUCAUUUAGAAGGUGUGUCUGUCCAUAAAUAUAAACGUGCAUAUUUCUGUUGAAAUCUGUACUUUUAUAAAAUUUCACAAAUAGCGUAGACUUUAGGCACAUUAAGCACUUUAGCGAGUUGAAGUGCUUAAUGUGUCCGGAGUGUUCCUUUAAUGUAGCUUUAUUCUAUAUAAUGACCAGGUGGGCACCAAGUAAUAAUAUUCAGAAAAAAAAUAAUUAUUUGCUGUAUCUAUGAGCCUGAUAACAUAGCUCAAUGGGCUGAUGCAUCAUCAGGAGAAUCUGUUUAACACAGGUUCAAAUCCCGGCAGGGUUGACUCAACCCUUUAUCCUUCCGAGGUAAAUAUAAUGAAUACCAUUAAAUUGGGUAAUAGUAACAUCCCCUGGACGUACUCGGAAACCAGAGUAAUCUGAAUGUACCUUUCCUGGUUAAAUUAUUUGUUAUUAUUAUAUCAAUGUCUAAUUAACUCUGGUAAACCUAUCUUUCUAAUGCUACCUCUACCCAGAUUCCAUAGUAAGCAUUUAUAAACCUCGAUUAUCUGAUCUAUUUUAUCCAGCUCCUGAUCAUUUUUCUCCAUUAUAUGUACUACUUUUACUGCAGCUUCUUCCAUCCUCACUAUAAAAAUGUGUUAAUAGAAUUGUCCUUUUGUGUGUAUUUAUGUACUGAUAUGUUUCCGUUUUUUGUAUUUCUUUUUGUUUAUGAAUUAGGUGAUAAUAAUUGAGCCGUUUUAUGACUGUUAUGACCCCAUGGUGAAAAUGGCCGGAGCCACUCCUGUCUCCAUCCCUUUAAGAUAUGUAAGUUCAAUGAACAUUUUAAUCCCUUUACAAACAUUGCUCGCUCGUUAAUUCAACAUUACAUGUGCUGUUAUGAAAGCAGACUUUGUAUAGUUUAUUAGAUCCAGAAUCCUUGCAAUGACGUUUUAAUGGGCAAGCUAACCGCUCAUCAUGUGUUUGGCCUAUUUUAAAUCACAUUUUCUGGUUUAGCACUUCCGGAAGCCGAUGUAUCUAUAGAUUUCAAAGAAAAUAGCAUCCUGAACCAUCUUCAUUGCUUGUGGGGAGCCAUGUAAAUUUUUGCCAAGGGACACAAGCAACAUCCUUUAGAGUAGGCAUGAGAUCUACAACAGAUCGAUGUAAUUCAUUAAGAGCUUGCAAUCAACUUGGGAUUGAGAGCAUUUUCAUUUUCUCUUGCAAAAUAAUACAUUGAUAUUGAGAUAUGACAAUGUUUACAAUUUUACUUAACCAUACUUCUAGGGAUUUUCAGAUUGACAGCUACUAGAAGUGUUUCUUCGUUAAAGACCUUUGAUUUUCAAUAUCAGUGCUCAAAGAGUGAUGACACCAAACACAUCCAGUACUUCUCACAGAGAAGCAUUGAAUUCAGUGCUUCUUUGUGAGGGGGCAUAGGUUUGGCAGAGUUGGCGACUGAUGUGCAUGCACCCAUGGAAAGCAUAACUGAUGCCUUCACCGAAAUUACAGUUUCCCUUCACGGAAAGGAGAACAAGAUGGCAUUGUAUGUAUGCAAAUAGGCAACUAUUUUUAAUCUAAUUUUUUUUUAAUUUGCCAUUCUCAGAAGUGCAGUGGCAAGAGCACAAUCUCUAGUGCUGAUUGGACAUUAGACCAAGCAGAACUGGCAAGCAAGUUCAGUUCCCGCACCAAGGCAAUAGUAUUGAAUACACCAAACAACCCCAUGGGCAAGGUAAGAAAAAUCUUUCAAGUGUGCUAAAAGACACUAGUCCUUGUGUUGCAACUUUUCAUAGUAAAUAGAUUCUUUCUCACGGCUUGAUUUUUUUUUUAUAAUUGUGUAAGCUUUUCAAAUGGGUUAUAGUUGUGGAUAAACUUUUAAAAUAAAAAAAAUACCAAAUAACAUAGCGAGCUAUAAACUGCAGUGCAUGUGCACUAUAAACUGCUAAUUAAUUGUAUAUGUUUCAGGUCUACACUAAAGAAGAACUGCAGUUAAUUGCUGAUCUCUGCAUUAAACAUGAUGUCAUUUGUAUCAGUGAUGAAGUUUAUGAAUGGCUUGUAUACCCUGGAAACAAGCAUAUUAAAAUCGGUAUGGAUUUGCUGUGCAGUGAAAUAAUCUAUAGACAGAAACGCUAAAACUCUAUUAUUGUACACAUUUAUUUGAAGGAACAAUAUCGACUGAAAGCAAAUUGUUCCUGUGCGACUAAGAAGGCAGCAAAAACCACAGAUAAACCCCGAUUACUAUGAUUCUGCAGGAUUGCAAGGAGGGGCAGGUGAAGAUGUCUCUGACACUGCAUCAUGCAGAGAAAGCCUGCUCAUCCAGUGACACCAGGAUAAUUCUGCAGAGCCCCUGUCUCUGCUAACGUUGAGCAGCAGGAGGGAGAAUAAUGGGACUUUUAGAUGUGUGUUUGUUAGGGAAGAAGGUCAGGGGAGACGCGUGUUCACUUUGUCAAACCUAGAUAUUGUACACUAAAAAUCAACAAUAAAAUAGUUUUAUGAAAAAUGUUUAUUUUUUGCAUUUUGAUUAUUAUAUUAUUAUUUUAUUUUUUUUAGCUACCUUGCCUGGUAUGUGGGAUAGGACCAUAACUAUUGGAAGUGCAGGAAAGACAUUUAGUGUGACAGGGUGGAAGGUAAGUCACAAUGUGAACAAUUUGUAUAGGUGAUUGAUUUCCAGCAUUACCUGAAAGUGUUAGAGCUGCAUUGGCUAAAGAAAUACUUUUCCAGACUACAUCUCACUAAGGGCAUGUCAAAUACCCAAAUUUGUACUGGCUGUUAUUAAAGUGGGUCUUUAUUUUUUAAAUCUACAUUUUUGCAAAUAUUAAGAAUAGUCACAUUUGCAGUGCAGCAGCCAUGGUUUUUGUUACAAGCUAAAUAGGAAACUGGACAAUAUCUUAAACUGCUGCCUCAAUUUCCUUCUGGCAACCUUGCUAUGUGUAUCACUGUUAUAUUCUCUGUAUUGUUGAAGAUAUAAAAUGACACUUAUGGAAGAUCCACCAAGAUAGCUGAUUUGAAAAUUACCUUCCACAAAUCCUCCUGAGAAUGUAAAGUACAUUUUCCUGGACAAUUACUGCGCAUUGUACGACGAGAUCUCAGUUAAGUCCAUUGUUGUGUUUGACAGCUGAUAUCAUUGGCAUGGAUUACAUCAAUGGAAAUUAAUUUCUUCCUCUCUAUAGCUUUUUCUAGGGGCUACUUUGUUUUUCUACCCUAAUGUGUCAUUCUCUGCUGCAAGGACUAUCUUAUGCUCUGCGUGAGCUUGAGCAGCAGUGGGUGGUGUCAGUGUCAAUUUAUAGCUAAAUCCACCGCUAUGUGAAUGUUGCAAGAUUCUCACCACUAGAUGGCACUUGAUGUUAAAACAGCAUUUCCCUGACAUUUAAUAUUCUUCUAGCUCGGUUGGUCCAUUGGUCCUGCACAUCUGAUAAAGCAUUUACAGACUGUUCAGCAGAAUAGCAUAUACACCUGUCCUACGCCAUUACAAGUAAGUGAACAUACCAUGCCAAAUUUGAAGGGAAACUGAUUUUUUUGUUGCAUUAGGAAAGUAAGGUACACCAACUACAGAUUUAUAUUUAUCACUUUACAAAUGUGGAGUCUAAAUCAUUUGAGGUGUGUAAAUGGGGCUGUCUCCUAGAUAACAUAUAAUGAGCUUGCAUUUCUCAUAGAUCACAUAUCAUGAGCUUGUAGGUCUCCUAGAUCAUAUAUUAGAUCAGGAUUUAUCACACUUACACUGCUCACAACUAUAGGCUUCCUAAACUGUGAUCUUCCUUCCAUGAUGUUCUUGAGUAUUCUCAUCAUAAAAUAGUAUACUUUUCUAGUGUACAGGAAUGUAUAAACAUAUACACUCCUGUAAAUAUUGCAUAUAGUUUUGAUAGUUCUUUUUUUGGAAUUUGUGAACUAAACGAUAAAGUGACAAAUAAACAAAAGUCAGUAACAAGGAUAGUGUAAAAUAACAAGAAAGGAACCGAAUACAAAGUCGUCAGAUACAGAAACCAUCAGUGGUCGCGUAGGACCUUUUCAAAUGCAGUAAAUUACCAAUUAAUGUAGGAAGCAGGCUGAACUUCUAUGGGAAGAGUGGGGCAUUUUAUGACUUAACCCCUUAAGGACCAAACUUCUGGAAUAAAAUGGAAUCAUGACAUGUCACACAUGUCAUGUGUCCUUAAGGGGUUAAUAAAUGGAACAUGCUAGCCAAAACGUAACAUACGAUAAUAUAAAAGUUGUGAUAAUAAUAAAUAGUCUGUAUAGCACUAAUAGACUAAGAUUAAUCAGAAACGCUUUGCUAAACUCUGUAAGCAGGAUUCAUACAUUAGUGACAAUAUAAUGCAGCUAGGUGGGUACCUUCUUUCGUGAUUGACACUUUGAUGUCUAGAAGAUCAGACGUGUUUGUCCCUGGCAGAACACUAAAGAUGUGUGUACUUUCCUCAGAUCUCUGAGAUCUUUUCAGGUUGUUUCAUGACGCCUAAGCAUGGGUAUAAUGUCACAUCCUGAAUAAAGUUUAGUGUAUACUUGAUCAAAUGCAGAAAAACACCCACAUAAUAGGAUUAUCCUCUGUUUAAUGCACUGAAUCAUUUUUUAUAUUGAUCGUUGCAGGAGGCACUUGCUCAGGCUCUUUUCAAGGACUUUAAAAGGAUGGAUGAGCCAGAUUGUUACUUUAAUUCACUAGCCGUGGAACUAGAAGCCAAGCGUGACAGGAUGGCACAACUGCUUCAAGAAGCUGGACUAAAGCCAGUUAUUCCAGAAGGAGGAUAUUUCAUGCUGGCAGAUAUUUCAGUACUAGGUAAAGAAACCUUUUUGUUUCUACUUGGAAACCAUUCAUGAGCCAACAACCACUUCACAGAUAAAGGACAUCGCAGGCACAUUGGAGAGGCACAUCUGAUUGUCAGUGGUCGAUUAGCAAGCUCCUCAUACAGUUUUAUCACUUCCGCAGCCCUUGAAAGGUGUUCUGCAUUGUCUCUCCAUCUGUUGUUGGAAUGGCAAAUGCGUGUGGGAAAUGUAGUCAAACAGCUCGAGCUAAGGAUUGACUCCCCUGAAACAGAUACUAAAUUUUUCAAUUGACAGCAUUUUCAACAAAAUAUUUUCAGAAACAGAUUGUAUAAAUUUUUUAAAAAAAACAACCAUACUUUUUCUCACAUGAAAGAGAGAUCUCACACAAUAUGGGCUUUUCUGCAGCAAAAAAAUAAUAUUUUUAUCUGGAAUGUAAAAUUCUGAGCUCAACAUGUAUUCAACUGGCCCAAUUUUUUGAAACUAACAGUUUAUACAGGACCAUGUCAUGGCUUUAGCCAUUUUUUGUAUGUGAAACUUGUCAUGUUUUUAACAAGAAAGUGAAUAUUUCUUGUCAAAUAUUGUAACCCAUAACAAAAAAAGGUACCUGCAUGAUUUUCUAAACCCCAAUGGUCAAUUUUAAAUAAAAGGUUUUCAGUAUCACAAUGAUAUCCAUCAUGCCAAUAUCAAUGCAAACCUCUUAGGUGAGUCCUGCACUAAAAAUUCACCUCGCCACAUUGCUGCAAAUUAGUGCAGAUCAUGUAAAUCUCAAAUAAAUCAGUAGAGAGUAUUCUUAUGAAUUCCUCCAAUCUAUUUAAUCUUAAAUACGAAAUGUGUGGGGGUAGAUGGAAGCACAGUAGAUGGAAGCAAGGUGAAUUGUUAGUGUAGGACCCACCUAAGAGAUUUGCCUUGACGUGGCAGGUAGGCUUACAUCUAAUGGCCAUUGGAGUUACUAAAUAGCCUCUAUUUAUUUAAAUAUGCAUAGGGAUUUGGUCUAGUGCACAGGUAACUAUUUUUUAAUUUUUUUUUAUUUAUUUUUUUACAAUAUGUAAAUUAGAUUAUAAUCUGGUGCCAUCUUGUGGUUGCUCAGUAGACAACCAGCAGUAAACAGUGUUACAUAAAAUUUAAAGUGCUCUAGUAUAUUAUUUAGAUUUUUUUUUCUUUCAAGUAGAAUUACUGCUACAAAAACCUUACAAUCUGCCAUUCAUGUUUUUUUUUGUUUUUUUUUUAGUGCAACCAGCCAUUGAUGGCUCUUUUAAUUUGCUUAAAAAUGUUUAGAAAGCAUUUUUCAAGACAAAUACACUAAAUGUCUUUUGCUUAAAGUAUAUACUUAGUGUGACAGAUUUGUUUGCUAAGUAAAAAUCCCACCCCCCACACGUUUUUUCAUUUCCAUGUGAAUUAAAUCAUAAAACAUCAGUAAAAGUAGCCAAGAGUUACAUGUUCAAUUCCUAGCAUGGUAAACUCUGCCUUUCAUCUCUGCAUGAGUACCGUUAUGUUUGGCAAUAAUAAAAUGAAGAUGAACUUUGAAAAUAGCAAAAAGUAAAAUUUUAAAAGUUAGAUAUUUUGUUAAAUUCUUUGUAAAACCGUAUCAUCAUCAACAUUUUCUAUUCCCUUCUCUUUGUUGCAUGGGUUACUACAUCUCAAUUUAUCUGAUUUUAUUUACAUAAAUAAACAGUGUUGAGUUACAUUGCGUAGGAAAAAUAAAAAGGAAAAACAAUUAUGGCAUAAAAACGGGUUAAUAGCAAUUUUUGGCUACAUUAAACAUUUUGUCUAGUAUAUCUAAAAUUGUAGACUUAUCUUGUGUACCCUUUUGUUUCCAAGAUGUAGAUCUAUCUGAUAUCAAGAAGGAUGAGCCUUAUGACUACAAGUUUGUGAAAUGGAUGAUUAAAACAAAGGUGUGUAUGUAGUAUUGUACAUAAUAGGGACCUGCACUGUCCGUAUACAAAAACAAAAUAAAUGGAAAUUACUGUUUAGUAGAUACACCCCCAAUGAAACAUGUAUGCAUUUAAUUAUGAAUUUUUUUCCCAUUAGAGUGUAUCUUAAACAGCUGUCACAAGAUGCAGAUCUCUUGUCUGAAGUCUUUGCAAACCCUCCCCUUCUAAACCCACUCAGAGUUUCUGUGGCUGUCCAAUCACAGACUUCCCAAUGCAGCUCAAUGAGAAGUUUUAGCGAGGCAGGUGCUCUGGACAGUUGCCUGCCUGUUGAGUUUAGCUCCCAUGAGUAAACAAUCAGGAAGUAACAGGACUGUUUGUCUGAUUUACAGCCAGGGUAGUGGAGCAAGGUCAGUUUAUAAAAGUGGCAGUGCUUUAUGGGUCUGGAGUAUCUCUUUAAUGUUAGUUUAAUGAUUUUCUUACUUUAAAUCCAAAGUAUUCUUGUUUGGAAUGGCAUUGUUUUCUUCAACUUUUCCCUUAAAGGGAUUUAAAGUGAAUUUAAAAUGUAAGCAGCUUAACUGGAAGCAUAGCUGAAUUUUUGCAGUUUGGCUAUUUUAGUAAUAUAUUUGAAAUUUACUUUAAAAUCACUUUGAGUUCUUUUUUUUUUUUUUUAAAUAACCCUUAUGGUAGGAAAGAAAAUAAACUGUGUUUAGUUUGCCUACGUUUUCAGAAUUUAGCAAGUUGAAAUCGGCAUCUGUUCAUAUUGAAUAACCUCUUAGAAAUACAUGUGUUUUUUUUUGUUUUUUUAAAUAAUGUCAAAUGUAAUAGCUGCCAUCAUUACAUCAUUGCCUAUUAGUUUCUGGAAUGAGUUAGCUAAAUCAGCCCAGUCCUACUUGAUAGUAAAAUUAAUAUUAAAUACCAUAGUACAUAUUAAGGUACACUAUAGGUAUCAAAACAACAUUAGCCUAAUUAAGCCGUUUUGGUGUGUAUUGAUCAUGCCCCUGUAAUCUGACUGCUCAAUUCUCUGCCGUUUAUGAGUUAAAGCACUUUUGUUUAUGCAGCCCUAGUCACACCUCUCCUGGCUGUGACUGACACAGCCUGCAUAAAAAAAAGUUGUAAUUUUCAAUCAGGCGUUUUAUUUAUUUAUUACUGUCAUUUAUAAAGCGCCAACAAAUUCUGCAGCGCUUUUCAAUUGGGAAAUAGACAAAUACAAUAAGAUCAGACCGAUAAAACAGGUAGAGGGCCCUGCCCAUGAGCUUACAAUCUAAAGGUUAAAAUGUGGAAAUGAGGCAAGAGGUAGCAGAGGAAUUUGUAUGUGAUGACAGAGAGAGUUAAUGGUAUAACUGCAGCAGCUGAUAACAUGUGAAGGUAAUAGGGAGGUGAUUGGCUGUGGUUCCAAACAGCUGGAGCUGCAUGCUAUAUAGUUAGAAGGAACGCGGGUGGGUAGAGCCCAGUAAAAUGAAAUGGCCUUCAUGUUGCAGGGAUGGAUGGUUUGGGUCUGAGGUAAGAGAUAAGACUGUUACUUAAAAGGAAUUUACUGCUGGGAGCGGCAAGUGGGGGAAGACAGAAUGGAGCAGGCCAGCCAUUUGUUAUAAAGCGUUAAAUAUUUUCUAACCAAAAUUCUAUCAGACAGAUUAUUAAUAACUACAUGUAACAGCAAGUACAAAAAAUGACAGUAGUAAACUAUAUGUAAUAAUGGUAGAAUCAUUAUAGUAAAAUAAUAACCUAGUAACAAAAUGGAAGAAGUCCAGUUGAAUAUCUUCUGCAUCUGUUUGUACCUUUUAAAGCGGCAGUAUUCAAAAUUAAAUGGCCUUCAUAUUGCAGGGAUUAAUGGUUUGUGGUGUUAAUUGCAUUGGAGGUUUUUUGGCUUCGGCCUGUAAAUAAACCGUUAUUAACACACAGUAGGCUCUUGCAGGGUCUAGAAGGCUAUUAUCAGAGCGGGAGAUACAAAAUGAUAAAUUAAACAGACUGUGUAAUGAAGUAAGUUUAAAUAUUAGCUUUCCCUUUACAGGAAGUGUUUAGGAAGGCUGUGUAAGUCAUAUGCAAGGAGGUGUGAUUAGGGCUGUAUAAACAAAAUCUCCUAAAUUGCAGAGAAUUUAGCAGUGAGACUGCAGGGGCAUGUUCUAUACACCAAAACUGCUACAUUAAGUUGUUUUGGUGCAUAUAGUGUCCCUUUAAGUUUGUCAGUCUGUGUAAUAUGUCAUAGAUUCAGAGAGGACUUUUGCUAUUAGCUUGGUGUUGGAACUCAUGAAUCCAUGAAUGAAAUUGCAGUAUAAUCAGCAGAUCCAAAAACUACUGAACUGUGGUGUGACUACUGAUCAGCAUAGGAGAAUAGUUGUCACCUUCGCUUUAGUGAAUAAUGUAUUUAAAGAAAAACAAGUUCACUGUUCUAUAAGCAAAUACCCCUUAUCUGACUGUCUGCUAAAUUCCAAUUUUAUGCAUAUUACUGUUUCUUUCUCCCAGAAACUAGCAGCUAUUCCUGUAACAGCAUUUUGUGGACCAGAAACUACAAAGCAGUUUGAAAAAUACAUCCGGUUUUGUUUUAUUAAGGUAAGGGAAACUAUUGAACUAAAGGAACACUAUAGCAGUAGGAAUACAAACAGGUAUUCCUUGCAUUAUACUCUACUCCUACCUAUGUAGGUGUCCCAUUCCCCCCAGCACUCUAAGGGUAAAAAAAAGGUUUAACUUAUGGCAUGCUGGUCUCUGUGCUGCUUCCAAACCUCCAUGGCUGUGAUCAUCAGUGUUGAUGAACUCAGCCAAUCCAUUGAUUCCCUAUAGGGAAGCAUUGGGAGGAUAGUUUACAUGUACAGCAAAAUGCCAGGAAGACCGCCACUAGAAGUGUGUUAACCCUGAACUUCACCAAUACCAAUUCAUCGAGAUGAGGUGGUGUGGAUGCCUAUAGUGUCCGUUUAAUCCGCCACACUCCUUAAUUAUUUAUUAACCACUGAGUUUUCUUAUCAGGAAGCGUUGUGUCUCAGCACUAUAAAUUGCAUCCUGGAACGUCUGAUCUGAUGUUAUGACAACAAUCAAAAACAUUGACUACCUUGACUGAGAUUCAGCAGCUUCUAGUGUUAUAUUUCAGUUAGUGAAUAUAGUAGAAGUUAUAGGACCUACUCAAACCUCAUGGCAGCAUGAACAAUUGGGACAGGUAUAGAAAAGGGUUGAGAAGGAGUGCAAACACUUAUCUUUCACAGCAAGUGGGAAGAAACUACACAAGUAACCAACUUAUACAUUUAGUGGUAGGAUUAGAGGUUCUUUAUUAGUACCACCCUAAACUGACAGCAAUACAUUAAAUCAAUGCAAUAUGAUAAUUCAUCUGAUGGAUAUUCAAAGUCAAAAUUGUAUUGAUCUAUUUUGCCUAUGAAAAAGACACAAUUCCACUCCCUCUGUAGGGUUAUGUUUAUAUGCAAGGUUUGGGAUAACUGAGCUACCCAUUUACUUAAGCAAUUUUAAUGCAUUGUAAGAAUAUAGAAUAUAUAUAAAAAAACAAGUAAAACUAAUGAACUUCAAAAAGAUACUCAUACUGAAAAUCCCUAUACCUCCUGCAAAUACCCUUUUUUUUUUUUUUUGCUGCUUCUGAAAGGAGUUCUUAGGAAACCCAAAGUGACUCCGCCUACCAUGCUCACUGAAAGGGUUACUCCAACUAGCAUGACCACUUCUGCUUUUAGAUGUGAUCAUGGAGAAAGCAAUCUGUAUUUGCAGCUUUUGGGCUUGAAACACUGCCUGUACAAAGUAACGUGCACUUUUGUGCGUGGCACUAGUUACACCUCUGGGGCACAUGUCUAAAGGUGCCCAGAACUCUGUUCCAGACUGCUUACUGUUAGUUUAAAUCUUACGUUGGUUGUUACACCUACUGUGAGCUGGUGACAAAUGGAAUGAGUUUCCUCACUUGAAGGCAGCCCUGUGAGUGCAUCUGUAAUACGAAGCCCUUCACUUAGUUUUAAAACAUUGAGCUCUCGAUCCAUGCUGCCCUUCCCCUUUAAUUAAUUUUAUAGUGUAAAAAAAAAAAGGAGGUGUGGGGGGCAAUAAGUGCCUUAGUAGAUAGUUACAUAUAGAUUAGGAAUGGAGUAAAACUUUAACUUUUCUUAAAGGGACACUGUAGGCACCCAGACCACUUCAGUUAAUUGAAGUGGUCUGGGUGCUGUGACCCUUUUGCACCUAGUGCUGCAAUGUAAACAUUGCAGUUCCAGAUAAGUUUGCCCCCAGUGGCUGUCUACCAGAAUUCAAACUGACUUUUGGUCUGUUAUCUGACGCUGGACGUCCUCAAGGGCCUCCGGCGUCAGAUUUUCCCCAUAGGAAAACAUUGAAUAGUACUUUCCUAUGGGGAGUGUUAAUGCGUGCACGACCAUUGCCGUGCAUGCGCAUUAGGUCUCCCCUGUUGGAGCUUGAUUCAGGUAAGUGUCUGAAGGGGUUUCAACCCCUUCAGCCCUGCGGGAGGGGUGGCGCAAGGGAGGAGGGGACCUAUUAACCCUGUAGUGCCAGGAAAACGGCUUUGUUAUCCUGUCACUCUAGGAUCCCUUUAAGCAGUACACGAUGGGUAAAAAUUAGGGGUGAUCUAGUCUAGUUGCUUUCUACUGCGUAAAGCUAACAACUAAACUACAACUCUGUGAAACCUAGAUCAUGACAUGCCAUAUAGCUCUCUAUUUGGAGCAGGUUAGUAGGGAAGUGGGUUUCCCUACAGAGUGUGGGCUUCUGAAGGAAAAAAAUAUAAUAAAAAUAAAUAAGCCUAGCUUAGCUGUUACCUACCCUGCACAUAGUUUACCAACAUGUAUGGGUGCUUGUGGUUUUCCUCCUAACACAGCCUUUCUCAGAGAUGGGAAAAGCAGGGAAACAUUUUAGAUACAGGAUAUAAGUGGAGUGCAUAAAUAGCUAGUGAUCAUAGAUCAAAUAGUGCAUAUAGAGUACAAAUGUAAAUAUGGAUACUUAGUAUUGCUCAGGAGAAGUUCCAUGAGGAAUCAUGUACAUAAAAAGGAAAAUACAAAAGAAUAGAGAAUAGUAGAGUCUGUAUAACAAGCUUGUGAAUAUUUAAAAUAAAUAACAAUUUAUUGCAAAAAAUAAAGAAAUAAAAACAUCAAUCAUACAGCUGCUUACAAGAUAAAAGAAAGUGAGUAUGUGCGGUUACAGAUACCGCUACUCAAACAAGCCGUUAUGGCAAAUAGCCAAGUGCAGGGAGAUGUCUUUCACACUGCCAACCCGGUCCAAGCGUAUGUGAGGGAUGCCGGAAACUUGUAGAUAAACCAGCCCUCUCUGCAUCACCGAUUGGCAAACAAUUUUAUUGAUGAAUUGAAACUCCCAGUGGAAAGUUGGCGGAAUUAAAGCUCCGCCCACAGCAUGAUGUAAGUGCGUCUGCGUGUUUCACCUUUUGGCUUCGUCAGGACGUAGGUGAGUAUCAGACAUUGAUGAAAUGGGCAUCUUAUAAGGGCAGAUUGCGCCCUACCCUUGUAGUGUGAUUGGACAGUUUUAACAUUUUAAAAUUAAUGUGAUUUCCUUAUGCCUGACAGUCAUUUAGUAGGGGGCUAAAGAGUGUUUGUAAUUUAAGUACGUGUUUUUUUACAAUUUCCUUUUUUUUAAUUUUUUUUUUAUUUUUUUUUUUUACAGCAAGAUGAAACACUGAAUGCAGCAGAAGUGAUCCUGAAAAAUUGGAACAAAUGAAGAUUGGGAAAUACUGUACCUUUUUAAGCAAACAAUGGGAUAAGGACUGAUUAAGACGAAAUUAUGGGAUAAUGGCAAUCUAGGUGCAUUGUGGAACACAUUUAACAAAUACUACAGGGACAAUUAUAGCAAUAUUGUGUGGUAAUCAAAAUUAAUGUUCCUCUCUCCCCCCUCUAGUGUUCCUCUCCCACUCUCUUUUUUUAGUGUUCUUUCCGUUUUCGAAGUCUUAGAAAUACAAGAAUUAUGCUGCUGCUGUUUGUAAAUUGGGAAGUACUGUUCAUCUUCAGUUAGAAGUGCUCAGAUUCUCAAGACAUAUUAAAAAAAUUAUGACUAUAUGUGACUAUAAUCCAUUAAGUUUUAACUAAUUAUUUUAACAAAAAACAUGCCUUUAAAAAUAAAAGAAAUCAGACUGUUGGCAUGAGUGAUAUUGAUGGCACUAUCUUUGGCAAGAAUACACAUGCACAGUGAUAGUGUUGCCGAAAUUGCAAUCUGCAAUAGCAGAGCACAAUCUCAAUAGUUUGUU